AUGAAGAUCGAUAUUGCUCUUGUUGUGCUGCUGGCUACAGCUGUUUCCGCUGCUCCCCCCACAUUCUCCAAGAUCCAACCCUCGCCAGACGCUAUUGCUUCUGCGGCAGCAACCGCUAAAUCCAACCAUUGGAAGGACGAGGGCUACGAAACCGUUAAGGGUCAGGUGUUUGACAAAUACUACCAGAUCUGGCUGGAAAACACCAACUACGACAAGGCGUUCGGACAGGCCGACCUAAAGGCCUUAACAGACGAGGGUAUCCUGCUCACCAACUACUGGUCUCUGACUCACCCCUCGCAGCCCAACUACAUUGCCGCUGUGUCCGGAGACUACUUUGGAGACAUGACCGACUCGUUCAAGCGGGUGCCUGAGGAGGUGGCCACUGUCGCAGAUCUGCUCGACACCAAGCACAUCUCUUGGGGCGAGUACCAGGAACACCAGCCAUACACCGGCUACGACGGCUAUGAGUUCAAGAACGCUGAUGGAGCCAACGACUACGUGAGAAAGCACAACCCUCUCAUCAACUACGACUCUGUCGCCAACAAGAAGGAGCGCCUGGGCAACCUCAAGAACUUCACCGAGUUCUACAAAGAUCUCAAGAACGCUGACCUGCCCCAGUGGGCCUUCAUCACUCCCAACAUGACCAACGAUGGCCACGACUCCGAUAUUGAGGUGGCUGGAAAGUGGUCAUCCAGCUUCAUCCGACCAUUGCUCAAGAACCCCACCUUCUACGACAACAACCUCAUCAUUCUGACCUUUGACGAGAAUCAUAACUACCUGACAAAGAACCGAGUCUAUGCCGUUCUUCUGGGUGGUUCUAUUCCUGACCACCUCAAGGGAACCACCGACGACACCUUCUACGACCACUACACCAACCUUGCUACGGUUCAGGCCAACUGGAAGCUUCCCCAUCUUGGACGAAAGGAUGUUGACGCCAAUAUCUUCAAGUUUGUGGCUGAUAAGCUUGACAUCAAGAACGAUGACGUUGACACUACCUGGAAAUUCAACAAUGUGCCUGAGAGUGGUUACUUCCAGAACAAGAACAAGGGCAUUCCUGCUCCUGACGUGAACGCUGUGGGUCGAUCUGGCAACCACAUUUUGCCUAGCCUCAGAAACUAA